GCAGGAGAGAGGGCGAGAAUUAAAAAUACACCCGGAAGUCGAGUUUUUUUCUUUCUUUUUUUCUAAAGACGAGCAGGAUGAAGGUGUUUUCCUCACACUUGUGUGGUGUGUGUUUGUUCUUCAUGUGGACUCUAAGGAGCACGUCGGUGCUCGACGUGUCUGGGACGCAUCAGGGAAUCCCUCCUGCAGUUGUGAAGCUCUGGGCUUCAGCAUUUGGAGGAGAAAUGAAGUCUAUAGCAGCCAAGUACUCUGGAUCACAGCUCCUACAGAAGAAAUACAAAGAGUUUGAACGUUCAGUGCGGGUCGAUGAAAUUGAUGGCCUGAAACUUGUGAAGAAACUGGCAGAAAACAUGGAGGAGAUGUUUCGGAAAAAAGCAGAUGCCAUGAAGCGUUUGGUAGAAGCAGCAGAAGAGGCCCACCUGCAGCAUGAGGAAGACCCCAACCUGCAGUAUGAGUAUUUCAAUGCUGUGCUCAUCAAUGAGGUGGAUGAAGAAGGCAAUAAUGUGGAGCUAGGUGGAGAGUUCAUCCUGCAGCCCAAUGACCAUUUCAACAACUUGUCUGUUAACCUCAGCCUCAGCGUGGUGCAGGUACCUACCAACAUGUACAACAAAGAUUCGGCUAUAGUGAAUGGAGUGUACUGGUCUGAGGCCCUUAAUAAGGUCUUUGUGGAUAACUUUGAGAGAGACCCGUCUCUCAUAUGGCAGUAUUUCGGCAGCGCCAAGGGAUUUUUCAGGCAAUACCCAGGUAUAAAGUGGACACCAGAUGAACAUGGAGUUAUAGCAUUUGACUGUCGAAAUCGAAAAUGGUAUAUACAAGCAGCUACAUCUCCUAAAGAUGUGGUAAUCCUAGUGGACGUGAGUGGCAGCAUGAAAGGUCUCAGACUGACUAUUGCCAAGCAAACAGUUUCCUCCAUACUGGACACACUGGGAGAUGAUGACUUCUUUAAUAUUAUUGCUUACAAUGAGGAACUGCGUUACGUGGAACCAUGUCUGAAUGGAACUCUGGUACAAGCUGACAUCACCAACAAAGAUCACUUCCGUGAACACCUUGAUAAACUAUAUGCUCAGGGUAUAGGGAUGCUGGAUAUCGCUUUAACUGAGGCUUUUGAGCUUCUCAAUAAUUUUAAUCAAACAGGUCGCGGAAGUGUGUGCAGUCAAGCCAUUAUGCUGGUGACAGAUGGAGCAGUGGACAUGUAUGACUCUGUUUUUGAAAAAUACAACUCACCAGACAAAAAGGUCCGUAUAUUCCCUUACCUAAUUGGACGGGAGUCUGCCUUCGCUGAUAAUCUCAAAUGGAUGGCCUGCACUAACAAAGGUUAUUUUACCCAGAUCUCCACCUUAGCUGAUGUUCAGGAAAAUGUGAUGGAGUACCUGCAUGUGCUUAGUAGACCAAAGGUGAUCGAUCAGGAACAUGAUGUAGUUUGGACCGAGGCUUACAUCGAUAAUACACUUCCUCAGGCUCAAAAGUUGGAGGACAGUCAGGGGCCUGUACUGAUGACCACAGUGGCUAUGCCUGUAUUCAGCACAAAGAAUGAGACAAAGAAUAAAGGAAUUCUACUUGGUGUGGUUGGCACAGAUGUUCCAGUGUCUGAGCUCUUAAAGACUAUCCCCAAGUACAAGCUGGGGAUCCAUGGCUAUGCGUUUGCCAUUACCAAUAAUGGCUACAUCUUGACCCAUCCAGACCUGCGCCCUCUGUAUGAAGAAGGCAAAAAGAGGAAGAAACCCAACUACAGCAGUGUAGAUCUCUCUGAAGUUGAAUGGGAAGACAAAGAGCAUAUGCUACGCAAUGCUAUGGUGAACAAAAAAACUGGAACCUUCUCUAUGGAAGUCAAGAAAGCUGUUGAUAAAGGGAGACGGGUGCUUGUUCUGCAUAAUGACUACUACUACACAGACAUCAAGGGAACUCCUUUCAGCUUAGGUGUGGCCUUGUCAAAGGGACAUGGUAAAUAUUUCUUCAGGGGGAGUGUCACUGUAGAAGAAGGACUACAUGAUUUGGAGCAUCCUGAUGUGGCACUAGCAGAUGAAUGGACAUACUGUAACACAGAUGAGCACCCUGAACAUCGUUACCUGUCUCAGAUUGAGGCAAUCAAACUCUACCUUGAUGGAGGAGAACCACACUUGCAGUGUGAUAAAGAGUUAAUUGAGGAGGUCCUGUUUGAUGCCGUGGUGACCGCGCCAAUAGAAGCUUACUGGACCAGUCUGGCUCUCAAUAAAUCAGAGAACUCUGAUAAAGGUGUGGAGAUAGCUUACCUUGGCACACGAACUGGCUUGUCACGUAUCAACUUAUUUGUAAUGCCAUACCAACUAAGCAAUCAAGACUUCCUGAUGGCUGAGGAUAAAGAAGGUGUGUUCAACGCUGAUCACUUUCCCUUGUGGUACAAAAGGGCAGCAGAACAAGUGCCAGGCACCUUUGUCUACUCACUUCCAUUUAAUACAGGCAAGAGAAGCACAAGAAGUGUUGUACUGGCCAGCACUGCCAUUCAGCUACUGGAUGAGAGGAAGUCACCAAUUGCUGCAGCUGUGGGGAUACAGAUGAAGUUGGAGUUCUUUCAGAGAAAAUUCUGGACUGCCAGCAGACAGUGUGCUACCCUGGAUGGGAAGUGUUCCAUCAGCUGUGAUAAUGAUGAUAUAAAUUGCUACCUCAUAGACAACAAUGGCUUUAUCCUAGUGGCUGAGGACUUCUCUUUGACGGGUGUCUUCUUUGGGGAGGCAGAGGGCGCUGUCAUGAGCAAACUACUGUCCAUGGGCUCUUUUAAAAGGGUGACUCUGUAUGACUAUCAGGCCAUCUGCAGGAUCUAUGGAGAGAGCAGUGAUGGUUCAAGCAGUCUUUUAGACCCCUACUUUGCCUUCUUCGCGACUGUUAAAUGGCUGUUAACCGAGCUCAUCAUAUUUCUGAUGGAGUUCAACCUGUACAGCUGGUGGCACGCAGAUCUUACAGCACAGGCCCAGAGAGAGGGUCGGACUAUGUUGGUUCCAUGCGAUACCGAAUACCCGGCCUUCAUCUCAGAGCGAACCAUUAAGGAGACCACAGGGAACAUAGACUGCGAGGACUGCAUUAAGUCAUUUGUCAUUCAGCAAAUUCCCAGCAGUAACCUUUUCAUGGUGGUGGUGGACAAUAAGUGUCACUGCAGAGAUUUUGGACCCAUCACUAUGGACCCCAUUGAAAUUAUGUAUAAUGAAUCACUGAAAUGUGAACGCUUGAAAUUGCAGAAGGACAGAAGACGUCCAGACACAUGUCAUCCCUUCCAUCCUGAGGAAAACUCGAUGGAAUGUGGCCUGGCAUUAAACUUGACUCCGUCUGUAAUGGUAACAUUCUUUGCUUUGUUAGUUGCACUAUUUCCCAGGUGACGAGAGUUACUCAGCCCCUAAAACCAUGGAUCAGCUUGGCCAGCCACAGGCUGAUUUGGCAUGCAAAAGCGAUGAUAUAAACAACCCCUGACA